AUCUGCCUUUGGACUUGAGAUGAGUAGCGGCUAAAAGAGCCAUGGAAGCAAAGGAAAAUUAGUUUCUAGUUGAAUCUGUACAAAUGAAUCAAUUUGAUGACGCACGGUACAGAAAGUGAACAGUCAGCAGUAUGUGUGCUGCUAUUCGAACAGCCUGAAGACAACUGAAAGAAACUCAGAACAAAGGCAACCGCAAUUCAUUUCCUCACUUCCUUAAAGACUGAGCACAUGAGCUGGAAGAGGUGGAGCUGGAUCGACUGUGCAUGGGUGAUAUAUAAGGCAGAGCUCAGGCAGCUCUCACCUUUCAGUAGGUGUCUACAGCUCAACAAUGUCAACCUCCUGCUUUCUAGCAUGGGUCCUCGUCCUCUCUGUGUCAUCUGUCCCAUCAGACUGUUUGACUCUAAACGGCGUGAAGGUCCAUGAAGUGGUACAUCCAAUACGACUGCAUGACCUUCAUAAAAGAGGAUUAGAGUCCACCAGACCUGCAACGGUGAAAUAUGCCAUGACUCUGGGCGGAAGACCCCUGGAAAUGCAUCUCGAGAGAAAUGAUGACUUUUUACCUGAAAGCUACACAGAAACAUAUUACACAAACGAUGGGACUCCUGUGGUAACCAAACCACGUGACCUGGAUCUCUGCUACUAUCAAGGGAAGAUUGCAAAUGACAGGAACUCAAUGGUUAGCGUGAGCACGUGUGAUGGGAUACGAGGCUAUUUCCAAACAGCAGAGCAAAGAUACCUUAUCGAGCCCUUGCCCGAGGACAGUAAUGGUGAUCAUGCAGUGCUGAAGUAUGAGGAUGUGACUGAUACUCCAGCAGUUUGUGGUGUCACAAAUACCAGCUGGGAGCCUGCUGAGCUUCCUCCAUACACCAGCAAGGCUAGAUCACGUGCAUCUGGGCCAACAAUGUUCCAGCAACAAAAAUACAUUGAAAUCAUCCUAGUGGUGGAUAACAGAAUGUACAACCAGAUAGACAGAAAUGACGACAAAGUGAGAAAGAGGAUCUUUGAGAUUGUCAACUUUGUUAAUGCUGUUUAUAAACCUCUGAAUACCUUCAUCGCUCUGAUCGGUCUGGUAAUAUGGAAGGAUUCUGACAAGAUUCGAGUGACGGAACCAGCUGGAGAAACACUGGACGCAUUUACCACAUGGAGGAAUAAAGAGCUCAUGAAGAUGCAGAAGCACGACAAUGCACAUCUGCUCACUGGGAUUGACUUUGAAGGUUCGACGGUAGGACUGGCGUUUAUUGGCACUCUGUGCACGGGGCAUUCUACCGGAGUCGUCCAGAACCAUAAUCCAAAUGCCAUAGCCGUAGGUGCCACCUUGGCCCAUGAGUUGGGACAUAACCUGGGUAUGAACCAUGACACCAGCUCAUGUGUGUGCACUGAGGACAGCUGCAUCAUGACUGCUGCUCUCAGCUACAACAUCCCUCGGCUCUUCAGUAGCUGCAGCAUCAACCAAUUUGAGCAGUAUCUGAACUCACGGACCCCUGAGUGUCUUCUCGACAAACCACAACCCACAAAUUUGAUCCAGCCUCCAGUCUGUGGCAAUGGCUUCCAAGAAAGUGGAGAGGAAUGUGACUGUGGAUCUGUAAAGGAGUGCACAAACCCAUGCUGUAAUGCCACUACAUGUAGACUUACAAAAGGGUCUCUGUGUGCAGAAGGAGAGUGCUGUAUUGACUGUAAGAUUGCCGAUUCCACUCUGAUGUGUCGUGCUAAGCGUGAUGAAUGUGACCUCCCUGAAUAUUGUACGGGUAAUUCACCCACAUGCCCUGAGGAUGUCUUUGCUGUGAAUGGAUUGCAAUGUAAGAACGGCGAAGGCUACUGCUACAAUGGGCAGUGCCCUCAAUUGCAAAACCAAUGCAUCAAAAUGUGGGGGCCAAAUGCUGUGGUAGGAGCUGACUUCUGUUACAAUCAGAACACAAGAGGAACAUUCUAUGCCUACUGUGUAUGGCUCAUCAAUGGAACCCGUAUACCUUGCCAGAAACAGGAUGUAAAGUGUGGGAAGCUUUUCUGUGACCGAGGCCAGGACAACCCAAACGAUGGCCAGUUGGUCCAGUUCAGCAGCUGCAAAGCUGCUUUUUUCAGUGAGCCGGAGAGUGACAAUGGCCAAGUCAACACUGGAACAAAGUGUGGUGAUGAGAAGGUGUGUAGUCAGAACCAGUGUGUGAACCUCGAAGUUGCCUACAAGUCAACCAACUGCUCAGACAAAUGCCAAGGCCGUGGAGUUUGUAAUCACAAGCUGGAAUGCAGCUGUGAACCUGGCUGGCAACCACCAUACUGUGACAUUUUCACCAGCAAUGAAAAUACAGUUUCCCAGAGACAAAUAGCCAUGCAAAUAGGCAUCGCAGUGGCAGCCUGCAUCGUGUUGGGUGCCAUUUUAAUUGGACUGGCCAUAUAUUUUCUGAAGUGUAGAAAAACUCAUCCGCGCCAAAAUGGUGUUCAGUUCCAAGCAAAAGACUCUGUAAGCAACAUUUACUCCAACCAGCUAAGCGUGAACGUUCCUCAACAGAUCCCACCCACGGGAAUACGUCCCAAAGGCCCUCCGCCACCACCUCCAACUAAGCCAUCUGCCCCACCCUUGAUCCUGAAUACAGACUUCAGAGUAGCACGCAAGGCUCUGAGACCAGUUCCGCCUCCACCGAGGGCUUAAAAAUGGACCCAAGUUGGGAGGGUUAUAUCGAAAAUAUCCAGCACUGAGCAUGAUUUAGUUUUCACAAGAACUGAUUGAGAAAAAUGAUGAGUUAAAUCCUGGUUAUCUGCCUUUCGGCAGAAUUAUCUGGUACUUUGUAGGACAACAGAACUCCAAAAGGGUCUUAGUUGCACCCACUAGAGGCCAACACAGGAACACCAUGUUACUGAAAUCUAACACUGUGCACCUUAGUUUUACACUUAAUGGCUUGAAAAGUACAGAAACAGCUGACGGUGUUUCAGGAAUAUUCUGGAGCAGUUUUGCCACUGACAUUAAUCCCAAAUUCAUACUGAAUGUGCCACUUGCAACAAACUUCAUGGACAAUUCACAAAAAACACACCUUUGCGUUCCAGUUUUGGGAACCCCAUUAUUCAUUUAUUAGUUAUAAGGAAGUAGCUUUUUAUAUAUCUUAGAUUUUCUUCAAUCUUGCCAACUACUACACCCAUUUAGAUCUCCCAAAGAGAUCUUUCCACAUGUGUUGUCCAUUGACCACUGCUCAUGUUUGACACUAAUGCACUAAUGCUGUGAACACUGUAGAUUGAACCACUUGUUAAAAUGGAGUGGAAUAAUGUUCUGAGGCAUCAUGUCCAUCAUGAAUUGCCCGCAGAGAAAAAAAAACUCUUAACAGCACAAUAUCUUCCACCUUUUCCUGUAAAUAAUUUAAAAACAAAUUAUUUAUUUUCCUAUUAGAGUGCCAUGAGUAUGAAUGUUAUAAAUUGUUAUUAUUUGUGCAAUAAAUGAGACUGUAUUCAGA